ACCAUCUCACACCGUUUCUCACUAUAUAAGGAUGCUAAUUCUUUCGUAUCUACGAUCACGAACGAGCAUUGAAGCAUUCAUAAAAUCCAUCUCCAGAUACUGAUCAAGAAGAUCAGAGCUAGUUCGAUUUGACCUAGCUAUUUGGGCAAAAUGGGAGGUGCCCAUGGAGUUUGCUACGGCAUGAACGGCGACAACCUCCCGCCGGCGAGCGAGGUCGUGCAGCUGUACAAGUCCAACAACAUCGGCGCGAUGCGCAUCUACUCCCCGGACAAGGCGGCCCUCGCCGCGCUCCGCGGCAGCGGCAUCGCCGUCAUCAUCGACGUCGGCGACAGCGGCGCCGUCGGCAACCUCGCAAGAAACCCCUCCGCCGCCGCCGACUGGGUCCGGGACAACGUGCAGGCGUACUGGCCGGACGUCAUCAUCCGGUACAUCGCCGUCGGCAACGAGCUCGGCCCCGGCGACAUGGGGCUCAUCCUCCCGGCCAUGCAGAACGUGCAGAACGCCCUCGCGUCGGCCGGGCUGUCGAACGCCAUCAGGGUGUCGACGGCGGUCAAGAUGGACGUGUUCGCCGACACGUUCCCUCCGUCGCGCGGCGUGUUCCGCCCCGACCUGCAGCAGUUCAUGGCGCCCAUCGCGCGGUUCCUCGCCGACGCCAUGGCGCCGCUGCUCGUCAACGUGUACCCCUACUUCGCCUACAGGGACAACCCGCGCGACAUCAGCCUCGGCUACGCCACGUUCCAGCCGGGCACCACGGUGAGGGACGACGGCAACGGCCUCACCUACACCAACCUCUUCAGCGCCAUGGUGGACGCCGCCUACGCCGCGCUGGAGAAGGCCGGCGCGCCCGGCGUCCGCGUCGUCGUGUCGGAGAGCGGGUGGCCGUCGGCGGGAGGGUUCGCGGCGAGCGUGGAGAACGCGAGGAACCACAACCAGGGCGUGAACGACAACGUCAAGAACGGGACGCCGAAGCGGCCCGGGCAGCUGGAGACGUACGUGUUCGCCAUGUUCAACGAGAACCGGAAGCCCGGCGACGAGACCGAGAGGCACUUCGGGCUGUUCAACCCCGACAAGACGCCGGUCUACCCGAUCACCUUUCCAAACUAGCAGCUCUGCAUGCCAAUGUAAAUAAGGAUUUGCACACGAAUAAUCCAUGCUCAAUUAAUAAUGUUUACUUGAGUUGAAUGUUAGCGUGCGAGAGAAAUGCUACACGAAUAACAACUUUCAAGGUAUCUCUUUCUGUCUGUCGAUGACAGCAGGUACCAUCUCGUGCCAAACAAAGGGCACAUGGCACAAACAUUUAUU